GGGGAGGAGACGGGCGGCCGUCCGCGCGGAGGGAGUGAGUCACCUGACCGCCGCUUGCCGCCUGCAGUCGGGCCGCGCGGCGCCUCGGCUCCGGUCGAUGACAGUGAGAAGCAUGCUUUCCACUGCUCUCCCUGAUCCCAUUUGCCACCCAGGAUGUCUGUGAGUGAGAGUGCAGUGUUUGCCUACGAGUCCUCUGUGCAUAGCACCAACGUCUUGCUCAGCCUCAAUGACCAGCGGAAGAAGGACGUGCUGUGCGAUGUCACUGUCCUGGUGGAGGGCCAGCGCUUCCGAGCCCACCGCUCGGUGCUGGCUGCAUGCAGCAGCUACUUCCACUCGAGAAUCGUAGGCCAGACUGACGCAGAGCUCACCAUCACACUGCCUGAAGAGGUAACAGUUAAAGGAUUUGAACCUUUAAUUCAGUUCGCCUACACUGCCAAACUCAUUUUAAGUAAAGACAAUGUUGACGAAGUGUACAAGUGUGUGGAGUUUCUAAGCGUACACAAUAUCGAGGAAUCCUGCUUUCAGUUUCUCAAGUUUAAGUUUUUGGACUCCACCUCAGAGCAGCAGGAAUGUGCAAGAAAAAAAUGCUUCUCCUCACACUGUCAGAAGGCAGAUUUUAAAUUUUCAUUUUCAGAACAGAAAGACCUAGAAAUUGAUGAAGCAGAUGAAUUCUUGGAAAAGAAAAGUGUUCAGACUCCUCCUUGUGACUCCCAAAGGUGUCAGGGCAAUGUAAAAGCAUCCCCUCCCCUCCAAGACAGUGCCAGUCAGACAUGCCAGUCCAUGUGCGUGGACAAGGAUGGAGCCCUGGCAUUGCCAUCUUUAUGCCCCAAAUAUAGAAAGUUCCAGAAAGCCUUUGGAACUGACAAGAUCCGAACUCUAGAAUCCAGCAUCAGAGAUGUCCAUACUGCCUCUGUCCAGCCAAAUGAGACAUCCGAACUUGAGUGUUUAGGGGGAGCACAGGGCUGUGCAGAUUUACACGUGAUUUUAAAAUGUGAAGGAAUGAAGCCAGCCAUGGAGAGUGAACACACAAAGUGCAAAGACCCCACCCCUCAGUGUACUGCAGAGCAGACCGAAGUGACGUCCUUGCCUCAGGAUUCUGCAGGACCUCACGGGCUCUACUCCCUGUCAGUCCUACACACAUAUGAGCAGUCAGGAGACGUGGGCUUUGCUGGGAUGCAGAGUAAAACAGUGAAAACAGAAAAGCCUCUGUCGGGUCCAGAUGGCCAGGAUGAGAAGCCAUUGGAAAAUCAGGAUUUAUACUUGAAGUCUAACAUGGGCCCCAAAGAAGACAGCAGCAGCCUUGCGUCUGAGGAUCGGAGUAGUGUGGAGCGAGAGGUGGCAGAGCACCUGGCCAAAGGCUUUUGGAGUGACAUUUGCAGCACGGACUCGCCUUGCCAAAUGCAGUUGUCGCCUGCUGUGGCCAAAGAUGGCUUAGAACAGGGCUACUCGCAAAGACGGUCUGAGUGUCCCUGGUUGGGUAUCAGGAUCAGCGAGAGCCCAGAGCCAGGCCAGCGGACCUUCACAACUCUCAGUUCCGUCAACUGCCCGUUUAUCAGUACUCUGAGUUCUGAAGGCUGCUCAAGCAACUUGGAAAUUGGAAACUAUGAUUACACUGCGGAGCCUCAGCAGGAGCCUUGCCCGUAUGCUUGUGUGAUUAGCCUGGGAGAUGACUCUGAGACCGACACAGAAGGCGACAGCGAGUCCUGUUCUGCCAGGGAGCAGGACUGUGAGGUGAAACUGCCAUUCAAUGCUCAACGAAUAAUUUCACUCUCACGAAAUGAUUUCCAGUCCUUGUUGAAAAUGCACAAACUGACCCCAGAGCAGCUGGACUGUAUCCAUGACAUCCGCAGGAGGAGUAAGAACAGAAUCGCAGCGCAGCGCUGUCGCAAGAGGAAGCUUGACUGUAUCCAGAACCUUGAAUCAGAAAUCGAGAAGCUGCAAAGUGAAAAGGAGAGCUUGCUGAAGGAGCGAGAUCACAUUUUGUCGACGCUGGGGGAGACAAAGCAGAACCUUACCGGACUUUGUCAACAAGUGUGCAAGGAAGCCGCUCUGAGUCCAGAGCAGAUUCAGAUCCUCGCCAAGUACUCGGCCUCAGACUGCCCGCUUUCUUUCUUAAUUUCUGAGAAAGGGAAAAGUACUCCCGAUAGUGAGCUUGGUUUUACAUCAGUUUUCAGUGUGUCUGACAUGCCUCCAACUGCACCGCCUCCCUGUGGACGAGCAAGCAGCUCUGCCAGCCAGGAGCUUAUACAGGAGUCCCAGCCAACCACCGCAGCUGUCCCGGAGCAGGCCACGAGGUUGGAGCCCUGUCAGCAGAGUGCUGGGAUCUCAGACUUCUGUCAGCAGAUGUCUGAUAAGUGUACUACUGAUGAGUAAGCCACACAAGCAUCCUUCAGCCCAUGGAUUUCCCUCUGAUGUGCUGGCAUUGUCUUGAGAGCCUAGUGUGGCCGUGUCUUCUUGCUUAGCAGCCCUGUUUCCUCCUGGUAGCUUUCUGUUGAGGGAAUUUCUCUUUAAGAUGACCCUGAGUUCUCUUUGGUUUUCUUAGGAGAUCUGACGUGCUAUCUCUUGGAUGAUGGGAAAUUGUAUGUGAAAAUAUAGAGUGACCAGGUAAUAAUCUCCUAGUGUUCAAAAUAACUACAGCAAUGGAAGCUACAGUAUUCAUUUUGACAGCUCGAAGCAUCUGCACACAGUCCUCCUGGGCUGGGGAUAACCUACUGAUCAGAAAGAAGAAUCCUCCCUAAGCAGUGCAGUGGUGAUCUCCCCAGAAGUGGGGUACUCAGUGUUUAUGCAGAGCUGUAAUGUGGAAAAGAAAUCUCCUUUGAACUCUAACACUCUGCUCCUCAGCUCCUACCAAAGUCCAGCAUGGGCUGGACCUGGUGACUGAGGCUGUCCUGGCAGGGCCUAGUCAAAGGCCACAGCUGGCCUGAGCUGGAGGCCUCUGCUGUCCUCAGUAUUGACCAGGAGUUUUGGCUGCACAAAUCAGAAAGUGUAAUGUUCUCUGCUCUCACUUCUGUUCCUCUCUUUAGUCUCCACCUUGUCUAGGCUGUUUGGAAUCUUCUGUUCCCUGACUUUUCUUGUCCCAUGGAGGAAGAAGUUGGGAGUUAGGCCGAAGCGGCCUGAGUGUGCACACAAUCUGGCCAGAACCGUAGUUGCCACAGUCUGGGAGAGCUUCACUCUGUGUGAGGCUGUCAAUCGUCUCGUUGCAGGUCACGGAUGACCUUGAGGGCGUUGGGGUCAAGGAGAGGGAAAUGUCUACAUUGACCAGAAGAGCAGCUCGUUGGUAUCCUAGUGAAGACUUGUGGUCUGUAAAAAAGCCGUGUUGAGGCAAACAUCCGAGACUGUACUGGCGUUUGAAACGAUAAAAUUCGGUCUCGGCCAUUAUGGGUUUGCACUUGAGAACCAGAUUUAAUCCUUUUACUUUAUUUUUUUUCCUAUUCCUCCAUUUGGUAUGGUGUAAAGGCACACACACACCAGUUUGACUUGGCCAUUGAAAGAUCAGUCUGUGCCUAUUUAAUGUUGGUAGAAAAUGAAUUGAUAAGAAUCUGAGCAGUUACCCCCGUAACAUUUUCAGUGAUUCUUAGCCAUUCUGGAAUCUCACCUUGUAGAUCUCAGCAGUGGAAACAAAACCUUGUUUUUACAGGUUCAAUAUCCCUGUUCAAGGAGUGUGAGAUGCCUUAACAUUGGAGGUAUUCUGAGCACCGAGAUGUGGGAUAUUCAGUCCUGAUCUCAUGAGGCAGGUUGUAGUCAAAACAGUACAUGCAAAGUCUUCUGAACGCUACUUUAUAUGCCUAGGGUACAUAGGAUUUCAGACUUUGGGGAGGGUCUGACCCUUAAGCUCUCCUACCCUGUUGAGAGCAGGGGAGAGCCUGAAGUCUGAAGCUGCUCUGCAUCAGACAUCUCCAACAAGGGAGUCCAUUCCCAGGAGCACUUAGAGUCCUGUGUCAGGGUGCAGGGCAACAGUCAAUAGGACUUCGUCUCUCCAGGUCACUCCAGGUCAUGUACCUGAAAGAGACACUGCACUGCAUGCUGCAUCUACUGAAGGGCAGAGGGACAGAGGGAGAGAGGGAGGGGGGAGGGACGGGGGCGAGAAAGUGCACACUACCCUGAGUGGUAUCCAGUCACUGGCAAGCUGAUGUUUGCCAUGAGACGAACGGGGACCAGCAGCAAUAUUUUAUGAUUUUAGACUUAUCAGAUAUUGCCCUUUUUCCUUGAGGUGCAGCAAGAGAGGGAGGAGGGGAAUAUGUGUUUCAUCUUUGGAAGAGAAAAUUAAAUUGGAAUUCUUUCCUAGAAAUUUUGAAAAGUCCACUCAGUUUGCCUGGGAAAGAGUGCUCGCUGUGUGAUAAUGCUUCCCAUGUUACAAAAGAGUUGUCUCUGUGUGUGUGUGCGUGCAUAUAUACAUAUACAUAUAUGCACGCACACACACAUGUAUAUAUAUGUAUAAAUACAUAUAUAUACAUACAUAUAUAUACAUACAUAUAUAUACAUAUGUAUGUAUAUGUCCCCACGCAGCUAUUUGAUAUUUGUAAGUUUAGACUUCAACUUAACAUAAAAUAAUAUGAAAACUUCUCUGGUUUACAAAGUGUAAAAUCUUAUACAAGCCAAUGGAUUUCCUACCUCACUGUACACUCGGCUGUCUGUCAUCGGUUCUUGUGUGUACAUAUGUCACAUCUUUUGCUUUAAAUGUAAAUAUUUGCUUUGGAAAGUUACCAUUUUAUGAUAAAAUCCAGUUCUCUCCUCAGUUUAAAGGUAUUUUUUUAAUGACACUUGGUUUAAAUUUCUAUCUAUGAACAGUUUAGCAUUAAGGGUUAAUUCUAAUGGUGUCUGGUAAUUGGCCAAGUGUAAUAUUUCUUAAAAUUUAGCAUUACUUUUAACAGCCAGCAUGUAAUACAAGUAACUACACUACCUCAUACCUUCGUGAUUUUCAAGUUGUAUUAGGUGGACAGGACAGGAUUUACCUUUGUCUUUGGGCCGUAAGGUGGGUAAUAAUGGAAAUAUAUUGCAUAGCAUUAUACAUUUAUGCCUAUUUUAACGUGAACUUCUAAAACGUUUUCUUUACUAAGAAAAUUUGUUUUAAGGAAAUAUUUUUUUGGGGGGUGGGGGAUGCCGAAGACAAAUGAUAGGAUCAUAUGUGUACAACGUAUGCCUUUUCCUUCAUGCAGGGCUUGGACAAUGUUUUUAGUUGGCGUUUUGCAUAGUCACACAAUCAGAGCUCCGUGUUGUAUGAGCUGGCCUUCUCAAGGCCCAGGGAUUUUUUUUUUUUAAAGCUGUUAUGUCUGACUCAAUACAAUAAUGUCAUUUUAAAUUUUUGCCCCUUAUUUGAAUACUGUAGCUACAAUCAAAAUAAUUUGUUAAAUUGUUUUUAUUCAAAAUAAAUAUGAAGAUAACAAUUUACUGUAGCUUGAUGCUUAGCCAAUUUUAUGUUAGGAAUUCAACAUACACGAUACAGGGAUGGCAGAGAUGGUGUGAGAGUUCUCAGCUGUGUUAACAACUUGGAAAGAAAGAGAAGCAAAUGGCGAUGUUACAGUGAAUUCUCAGGUGAACUUUUUUCAGUUAUGAAAACAUCUAUUUUGAAUUUGUAAAUAUUUUAACUGUUUUAUUAAGGCAUGGACUAAAUUAUUCUUUUGACACCUGUUGGGUAGAAUGAAAAUUUAAGCCAUAAUGGUAAAAGAUGGCAUACUGAUUGUAAAAUAAAUAAUAAUAAUAAUUUUUUUGUAUCUUUCAUAAUAUAAUUUUUCUAACUGCAAAUAAAACCACUGAACUUAUAUAUUCCUGCCCUAUUAAGCCCAUGUUUCAUUAGUAGUAUACCUUAUAAUAUUUAAUUACAUUUUCUUUCAAAUGUGCUUGUCUGGAUGUGCCAGUAUAAGUCUUAGAUGGUGAUGCUAGACUGUUAAUAAAGUUCCUAACACGGCUUUCAGUUGA